AUGCCACCAAAGAAAGCAACAGAGGCGACGACGAACAAUGUCGUCGCCUUCGGUCGCGUCAAGUCCAACCUCAAGAUGGGAUGUGUGGGCCUGCCGAACGUCGGCAAGAGUUCGCUGUUUAACCUCAUGACCGAGCAGAGCGCCUCGGCGGAAAACUACCCAUUCUGUACCAUUGAGCCUAAUGAGGCGCGUUGCAUUGUCCCUGACCCAAGAUAUGACUUCUUGUGCAAGGUCUGGAAGCCCCCGAGCAUGUACCCGGCAUACCUGCAGGUGACCGAUAUUGCUGGGUUGAUUAAGGGAGCUAGUGAGGGAGCUGGACUUGGAAAUGCCUUCCUGAGUCACAUCCAGGCUGUGGAUGGGAUGUACCACGUUGUCCGCGCGUUUGAUAACGAUGAGGUUCUGCACGUGGAUGACUCCGUCGAUCCUGUCCGUGAUUUGGAUACCAUUCAGAGCGAGCUGUGUAAGAAGGAUUUGGAUAUUCUUGUCAAGGCCAAGGUUGCCGAGGAGGCCAUCGUCCGUAAGGCCGGAGGAAAAUUCAAGAUGUUGCCUCUGUUCGACGAGACGACUGCUAAAAUCAAGGCGCUCUUGGAGCAGGAUAAGCCCGUCAGGGAUGGAGAGUGGACGACUCCAGAAAUCGAGUUGAUCAACGACAAGCUCCGCCUCAUCACCACCAAGCCAGUCAUCUACCUCAUCAACCUCACCAUGAAAGACUACCUCCGCCAAAAAUGCAAAUACCUCCCCAAGAUCGCAGAAUGGGUCAAGGCCCACGGCGGCGCAGGCACAGACAUCAUCCCCUUCUCCGUCGAGUUCGAGGAGAAGCUGUGGAACCUCCGCGACGACAAGCCAGCGCUCGAGGCCUUCAUGGCUGAGAUCAAGGUCCAGAGUCGCCUGGGAAAGAUCACCAACGAAGGUUUCAACAAGCUCGGCCUGCAGUAUUACUUCACCGCCGGCGAGAAGGAGAUCCGCUGCUGGCCGAUCAAGCAGGGAACACUCGCACCGCAGGCUGCUGGUGUUAUCCACGGCGACUUUGAGCGUGGGUUCAUCAAGGCUGAGGUCGUUGCUUACCAGGACUUCCAUGACCUGUGCAAUGGGGAGAAGUCGAUGGCUCCGAUUAAGGCAGCGGGGAAGUAUAGGCAGGAGGGGAAGACUUAUGUUGUCCAGGAUGGUGAUAUUAUUCACUUCCAGUUCAAUGUUGCGCCGCCGAAGAAGAAGUAG